AUGAGAGAUUUUGGAGAUAUUCCUCUCCCUAUUGCCACUCCUUCUCCAUGCUGUCUCUGCAGGUUGGUGGUAGAUGGGGGUACCCCUGUAUCAGGCUUUGGAUUUCGAUGUCCUCAAGAAAUGUUCCAGAGGAUGGAGGACACAUUUCGAUUCUGUGCUCACUGUAGAGCACUCCCUAAUGGCCUUUCAGACUCCAAGGUUCUCCGGCACUGUAAGAGGUGCAGAAAUGUCUAUUACUGUGGUCCAGAGUGCCAGAGGUCAGACUGGCCCGCACACAGGAGGGUUUGUCAAGAGCUUCGUCUUGUGGCUGUGGACCGUCUCAUGGAAUGGCUUCUGGUCACAGGUGAUUUUGUCCUACCCUCAGGACCUUGGCAUUGGCCACCUGAAGCUGUACAGGACUGGGACUCCUGGUUUUCUAUGAAGGGAUUACACUUAGAUGCUACACUGGAUGCUGUGCUAGUUAGUCCUGCCAUGACCACCUUAUGGGCCAGUGUAGGAUGGCCAAGGCCAGACCCAGAUGUCCUGCAGGGAUCUUUGAAGCGGCUGCUGACAGAUGUCCUGUCACGGCCCUUGACUCUAGGCCUAGGACUUAGGACCUUAGGGAUAGACGUUAGGAGGAUUGGGGGAAGCACAGUGCAUGUGGUUGGUGCUUCCCAUGUGGAGACAUUUCUUACUCGCCCUGGGGACUAUGAUGAGCUUGGCUACAUGUUUCCUGGGCACCUUGGACUCCGUGUGGUCAUGGUGGGUGUAGACGUGGCUGCUGGCUUUUCACAGAGCACCUCAACUUCACCCCUGGAACCUGGCACAAUUCACCUUAGUGCCCACAGGGGCCUCUACCAUGACUUCUGGGAGGAGCAGGUAGAGACUGGGCAGACAGACCAUCCAGAUUUGGUGGUGGCUUUCCAUCCAGGUUUUCAUUCCUCCCCAGACUUGAUGGAGGCUUGGCUCCCUACCCUGCUGCUACUUCGUGACUAUAAGAUUCCUGCAUUGAUUACUGUUUACAGCCAUCAGGAGUUGGUAUCCUCUUUGCAGAUUCUGGUGGAACUGGAUAUACACAUCACUGCCUAUGGGGCUAAUCCUUUCAUGUCCCUCAAACCCGAACAGGUCUAUUCCAACCCCAACAAGCAGCCAGUAUACUGCAGUGCCUACUAUAUCAUGUUUCUUGGAAGCUCCUGUCAGCUGGGUAAUAGCCAAUUAGAAGAGAAAGUGGAUGAUGGGAUUUAAAUAGAUUAUGACUGGACAUCUGGAAAAUGGGGAGGUUGUGAUAAAAUUACCCUGAUAAUGCCAGGUUCUUGCCAACUUUGAAAAACACUAUAUUCUAAACCUCAUUCACUGUGUGGGUAAAGAUUCUAAGCUGAAUGAGGGUUCCUGUAUAAUGUAACUGGUUUCUUUCUUUUUUGAGACAGUCUUGCUGUGUUGCUCAGGCUGGAGUGUAAUGGCAUGAUCUCGGCUCACUGGCUCACUGUAACCUCUGCCUCCCAGGUUCAAGUGGUUCUCCUGCCUUAGCCUCUUGAGUAGCUGGGAUUACAGGUGCAUGCCACCACACCUGGCUAAUUUUU